CAUCAAUUUGUUGCGAAACGGGCACGCGCGACCAUGCGCGCGCUGGCCAAGAUACCGUGGCCGGCCCCCGAGCCCGUGGACUUGCUCGCCGAGUUUGGUGCGACCCUUGUGGGCGACGUUCCGGCCCGCCCUGCGCUCGCCUCGGCCGUGCAAUUUGACGCGAAGCUGCGGCGCCUCCAAGCGGACUCGCCGUACACGCGGCCUGUGGUUGCGCGCGAUGUUCAAGCCCCCUUGACACAUGCCCAAGUCGCCGCCAAGCGAGUGCGCCACUUCGCCUUGAAGCACUUGGCGCUCGACUGGACGUCCAACCAAAAAGAUGCAUCGGACACCCUGCCCCUGACGCACGCCGCAGCGUCGGAAGGUCCCGGUAGCGACGAUUUCGACCUGCAAACCUGGCUCCGCGACGCCAACGCGUGCGCAAUCGACCCACAAACGAAUGUGCUGCACGCGACCGCGGCUGCGGCACCGCUACCGUCCGUCACGACGACGUCGCCUACCGCACGCACGCUCCAUGCGCCGUUGCUGCCCAAGCGAAACCGGCCACAUCGACGGCCAUCGCCAACCACAAAGCGUACCAAGGCCGUGUGCGCACCCGACGACGACGACGACGACGAUGGCAGUGCGAUCGACGAUAUCCAAGACACCGAGUACAUACUGCCUUUCGAGCAUUUGAAGCCGCAAGACGUAUCGACCAUGCAGCACAAACGAGCAGGAACAACGUCGCCAACCAAGGAGCUCCGCCGCGCCAAGUCGUUCCACAUUGCAAAGUGGCUCACCAAACGCAUGCAAGAGCGCGCGUACUCGAAGGAAAUGCAGUCUCGACUGGCGGCGACGCUCUCGGCCAACGUCGGUGGCGGCCUCUGGAAAGACCAAGUGGCGUCGCAGCUCGCGACCGCGAUGAGUGCCGACGUCGUCUUUGGCGAUGGCAGCGACGGGAACGGCCGGCCCUUCGCCGACGACGCCGCGGCCCUCGCUCUCGUGCUCGAGCGCGAGUGGAUUGACACCAAAGCGCGGGAUAUCCACGACCGUGCGACCACCGAGUAUGCCCAAGGCCACGUGCCCGAAGCACUCUCGAUCCUCUCGGCCGGCGCCGCGCUCUUGCAGGCGACCACGGCGGUGGCCACGCACAAGUCGUCCUGGGGCUUCAACUAUACGCUCGAGGUGCACGCCAAGGCGAGCCUCCUCCAAAUGCGGUAUCGCCGACGGCACCUGCGUCGGGCCAGAGCGGCCUUGCGACUCCAAACCGUGUGGCGAGGCUUUCACGACCGCCGCCGCUUCAAGCGCCGUCUGUGGCACCGGCAGGCAAGCGCGCUGUACAUUCAGAGGUGGUGGCAUGUCCGCACCGCCGACAAGGAGGCGAUGCGCCUUCGACUCCAGACAGCGGCCCGACGCAAGCUCGCGUACCUCCUCGUGCGGCGCAUGCGCAAGGCCCACAAGGUCUUGCGGGCGAGCAUCCAUGCCUGGCUCGUCUGCGCCCUCGCGCGCCUGCGUCUGCGUCGCGCGAUCCGCGCUGCGACCAAUAUACAGCGUCUCGUCCGCGGCUUCCUCUCGCGGCGAGCGGUUCUGCGCUUGCGCGAUCGCAUCGUCCGCGACGAAGUCGCCCGCAGCAGCCGCGAAGCCGACUACAUCCAACGGUUCACAGCGAUCCGGCUCGAGGAUUUCCUGCUCUUUCUCCAUCAAGCGGGGCAGAGCCACGUACACCAGCUCGCGCAGCGACUCAAAGACGAGGCGACGGCGCGGAAGCGAGCGCGCGCGCAUUGGGCGCCCGCGGCCAUGCGCCGUGCGGCGCUCGAGGACCUCUUUGCCUCGUACGACGUCGACGGCUCGGGCACGAUCGACGUCGACGAGCUCCAGCAUCUCUUUGACGAGCUCUGCAUUCCGAUGGACGCUGCGUCGCUGGCGCAGGCGAUUCGCCUCAUGGACACCUCGCGCAAUGGUAGCGUGGACAUGAGUGAGUUUUGCGCGUACCUCGAGGCGCCGCCGCCGCAGUCCAACGCCGGUCUCUGGAAGCUGCACGCGCAGCUCCAGCUCCAGCGCGUGGCCAACUGGUUCACGUCCGCGACGUUCAAGAACGAAGCGAGGCGCCGCCUUGUGUACGACGAGACGCAGCGACAAGCGCAGCUUCUACGCACCGAGUUUCGCAUGACGGAGCACCCGCGCUUUGCCUGCCCCUACUGCGGCGCAGCGUUUGCCUUGUACCGGCCCUUUUGGCGCCAUAUGCGGCAGCGACAGUGUCCUGCCGCGUCGAACCGCCGGCUCGACACAGCGCAUCAAGUCGACGCCGACGACGACUUGGCGGCCGUCGAGCAAGCACUCGUGGAUGCGCGGCUUGUCGAGGUCGAGCGGGACGUCGCUCUGUACAUGGCAACGUCGCCAGGGAAGGCCGACCUCGCCGCCGACGCGACGCGCCUUCAGCAGCGCUACCUCGCGUUGCGUCAGCGCCGAACGCUCCGCGAUCUAGCACACAACAGCAACGCUAUCUUAGAGCUCUACCACAGCUACGACAUGGCGGAAACCAACGCGCUGCCAGCGUUGCUCGUGCCCGACAUCGCAGCCGACGUGGGCCUUGGUCGCGCGGAGCUCGCACUGCAUUUUGCCACCGACCACGCCGUGACAAUGGACGAGGUCUUUAUAGCCGUACGACGCGCCUACAUUUCGCUCUCGUGGUGCACGCGGCUGCAACAACUGCUGCCGUCCUUUCUCUUCACGUCGUCGCGGCGACAGCGCCGGCUUCGACAGGCCGCCACGUGCCUCCUCUUGCGGGAGCAGGCGCUCGCCGAGGCAUCUGUCCGAGCGGCCUUCCGGUCGGCGCACCCCCCAGUCCUUGUCUGUCAAGCGUGUAACACAGGUUUGUGGCAUGACGCGCGAGCCCGGUUGCAUCUCCAAGAUGACCGUUUUCAUGCGCGGGAUGCGUCGUACCGCCACCGGCGGAACGCGCGCAUCCACCUGACGGCCACAUCCACGAGCCGCUUGGUGCAGCUCACGCAGCUCUCGCAAGAUGCGGUGCGCGCGCAGGCCAUGCAAAAGGCACUGCGAUUUUGCAAGCGCCAGGAAGGGCGACGCGCAAUCCACGCUGUAACCAAACACCUCCUCACACAGCUCGCACCCCAAACCGCCGUGAACGAGCCGCGUCGGCUGCUCGAUGUGGCCUUCCAGCUCGUCGACGUCGACCGCGUUGGGUCCAUUCCCGCUGAGAGUGUUGCGCCGGUCCUAGCGUUUUUGCAGUGCACCGCGCUGGGUGCUUCCACUGCCGCCGCCCAAGCCAUGGACGUUCGAAGCGUUUGGCGCCACCGACGCGCGACCGCUCUGGCAACGCACGUGGUCGCAACGACGUAUCUGCAGUCCAAGGCGACCUUGGAUGUUGUGCCGCAUGUGGACGUGCACGCGUACUUGGCGACACCCGUCGGGCGACAAGCGAUCGCAGACGAAGAAGCGCUCUUCGGCGCGCUGCAAACGACAACGACGACCGACCUCACCGCGCUCGUCCUGCAGCAGCUCGACGUGGAUCGCUCGCGGCGCAUCCGCGUCGAGCAUCUGGCCACGCUACUAUACGUCCUCGGCUAUGCACAUGCUACUCGCACGGUGGCGACGCUCCGCUCGGCGGUGCCGGCGUCCGACGGCCAUGUGCCAUCGGACACGCUUCGGGCGUGGCUCACGGCCCACCCACCACGCCGCUGCAUGCUCGGACGUCGCUGGCGACUGCGAUGUGUGCGCACGCGCCUCGCCCGCGCCGUCGUGACGGCCCGCUACGAAGGCAGCGCGGCGGCGUGUGCCCCCGAUCCGAUCUCGCACGAUGCGCUUCUCGUCGCCAAGUCGGAGCACUUUAGCAAGAGCGCAAUUGGCCGAGACGCAAUACGAACCAAGGUCGCGGAGCUCAAGCGGCUGGAAAAGGUCUUUGCGGCAUCCACCAAAGGCGUGCGAGGCCACGCGUGGCGCUCUGCACGGGCCCGCUUCCUCUUUUGCCUCUUUGAACGUGGCCACGCCGGCGCCAUCGAGCUCGUCGACGUGCCUUGCGUCUUGCGCGACCUAUGCCAUCCGUUGCAGAAGGAUCCCAACGUCAUGGCGCGCAUGCUUCGAUUCCUCAACUUGGAGGCGACGACCACGACCACGAUCUCGGAGACGGCGUUUCAUCGGUGGCUCGACACGGACGCCGGUCGAGCGCCUUCGCGGCGACUCGCGUGGCGGCCAUCGACCAAGGCGCUCGCCACCGCCGUCGUGCGCUUUGAGCAUCGCAGCGACCUCGGCCAGCGCGAGGACGAUGUGCUCCCACUGCAUGUACUGGCCAAAGCCGAUAUGUACUGCGCCAGCGUUGCGGGGCAGCACGAAAUUGACGAGGAAGAGACGCACGUCCAGGCGCAGCUAGGCCAGCAUAGGCGCAAGACACGCGGUCUCGCCGCGCUCGAGCACAAGGUCGCCUACGCCGCGCUGCUCUUUCGACUCGUCGACGCCAACCAUACAGGCCGCGUCGCCGCCCAUGCGCUCUCGACGCUGCUCGGCCUCUUGCAGCUGCCCAACGAUCUGCCGCUCGCGCACUGCAUCGCACGCGACGUCGGCGACGCGACCGGCCACCUCGACGAGGCGGCGUUCCUUGCAUGGUACCGCGGUGCGCUGGACCGCCAGUCGCUGCGCACGCGCCUGCUGGCUGCGCUGCGGCAGACGCCCGUGCGCGCGAUAGCCACUGCUGUCGUGGCCGCACGCUACCGCCAAUCGCGCGAGCAGCCCACCGAGCCAUCCGAAGGGUGCAUGGCUCCAUAGUACUACCUGUAUCUACCAUCAUCAAAAGAAGAAGCAACGAUAUCUCCGA